ACCGGGUGGUGUCAUAAAAUUUUCCGUCCGGUCGGCCUCACGCAGUGAGCAGCAGAGCGGAUGCUGCCGCCAAGCUGCUUCAUCCGAAACCCUAGCCCCACGUUUCUUCCAUGGGAAUGGAAAUCUCCGGGGAGUCGCGGCGGAUGCAGUAGAGGAACCACUUCAUCAGUGCUACUGUCUUCUCCCUCGCAGCGACCUGUCAGAUGCGCACUGCUCGGUGCUGGUUUUGCUGGGCUCUCUGUGGCUUGGCACUUGUUGCAGCACAGUUCUAAGGAGUUGCGUGUAUGCAUUGACAUCUAUGAUGAAGUUGGCAUUGGGGGUGGUGCAUCUGGAGUCUCUGGAGGACUCCUUCAUCCUUAUUCACCUAAAGCUAAGCUUCUCUGGCGGGGUGCUGAGUGCUGGAAAGAGUCUUUAAAUCUUUUAAGCAUUGCAGAAGCAGCUUGGCAUUCCAGGGAGUCAACCUCGGAAACUCAAGAAUUUGAUCAAGAAUUAAAUGGCUUCAUAGUUCGGAGAGGGGGCAUCUUGAGACCUGCAAUGGACAUGAAGAAUUUGAAUGUAUUGAAUGACAAUGCUCAGAACUGCCUUGCCAGUUGCAGAAUAGAGCCCAUUGAUAAGGAUACUGCCCAAAGUCUAGUUCCCAAGUUAUGUGUACCUUUCAACACAGCCUUCUAUAUGCCCAAAGCUGUAAAUAUUCAUUCUCAACGCUAUCUCCAGGCACUCUUCUUAGCAUGUGAAAAUCUAGUGAAAGAAUUGUCCACUUCAGGUUUUGGAGGGACAAAGUUGUGCUUGCACAAGAAAUCUGUUAACAAACUCCUUGAACUACAAGGGGAAUACGAUGCAGUGAUAAUUUGUCUAGGUGCCAAAGCUGACAUGCUUCCGGAACUCUCUGGGAGGCUUCCUUUGAGGACAUGCAGAGGUGUCAUUGCUCACCUGCAGCUGCCUGACAAUAUUAGGGAAGAUUAUUCAGACCAUAGCCCUUCAAUCUUAUCAGAUGCGUGGCUUGCCAUCCAAGGUCCCCGCAGCCUGUACAUGGGCUCAACAUGGGAAUGGAAAUCAAGAAAUUAUCUUCCUAAUGUCUCAGCGGAGGAAGCAACAAAGGCCCUUCAAGAGCUUCUACCAAAGGCAUCUGCUAUUUAUCCAGGUAUAAAAGAUUGGACUUUUGCUGGGGCAAGGGCAGGUCUCAGGGCAAUGCCACCACUAACUCCCCAUGGAUCUCUUCCUCUUUUGGGCUGCAUCAAUGAUCUUGUGGGUGGAAAUCACACUUGUAAAUAUUGGUUGUUUGGAGGACUUGGUUCAAGAGGACUGCUGUACCAUGGUUUGCUUGGGAAACUGAUUGCCCAAGCUGUGCUCUUGGGUAAUGAAGAUUUAAUUCCAUCUGAACUAACCUCUUGGAGAAGAAAAAGCAAUAGUUAAGAAAGAAACUUCUUGCAGAUACUGGCAAUUUUGUUAAAUCAACUGAGCAUUUGUUUAGUUUUGAAAGU